AUGAUGGAGCCAGCCGAUGCUGACAAUGAUGAGCCGCUUCCGGAUAGACUGGAGGCAGCGGUGGGUAGCAUCACAGUCCUCCCACGGCUCACUGGUAUCCCACUUGGUCACGACUGCUCGUGGAAGGGCAGUCAGGUCUCUCGUCUGGCAGCUUUGCAAACUGGUGGCAUUGGGAGGGACAGGUAUGCCUGGGGAGCGUGGUGGGCGGAGGCCAUGUCGGAUCUAGGAGCAGACAUUGCUGCUUCCGCACACAACGCUGCAAUCAACGGCAUGUGGGAUGCCGGUUAUCUCUGCAUUUCCCAUAACGUCUCCAAUGCCGACAGACGUACAGACAAUCCGCUUGGCUCUGGAGUAGCGCUGGCCAUCAAGCGCGAGGUGGCCGCUGAUUGGACAGAGGUCACACCCGGACCACAUGGUCGAGCGCUGGGCGGCUCCAUCCGUCUGCAUAACGGGGCUGUGCUCCGGGUAGUCGCGGUCUAUGGCCCGACAGGCGCAUGUCUACCAGGCUUCACUCAGAACCUCAGGGCCGUCCAGCACGAAACUGAUCUCGUCACCUUUCUGCAACAGCAAGUGGCCAUGGCUCAAGCAAAAGACUGGACUCUGGUGGUUUUAGGUGAUUUGAACUCCUUUACCGACGGGGCUCUAGAUAAGUGGCAGGGUCAAUGGCAAAUUCGAGACGAGUGCCUAGCCGUACAAUGCCGCGAAAUGGGUCUUAUUGAUACCUGGCGAGACUCUCAUCCCACACUUCCCGGUUUUACUUAUGUCUCUCCCACAGGCAGCGCUAGCCGCCUGGACUCCAUUUGGAUCCUCCCUGCCAUCGGAUUCCAUACACCUGUUCUCAACUCGGCACUGCUCUGGAAUUGGCACAAGAGAGUGGAUCACCAUCCGGUUCUCAUCGACUUGGGCAUUGACAUUCCCACUGUCCCAGCAGCCUCAUCAGAUCGUGAACAACCUCGGUGGCGAAAACUGGCUGAUAUGGCUCAUGGCCAUAACCUGCAGGCACUCAGGGCACAAGUAGAGGCCCAGAUGGACACACAUCGCCCCCUACUUAUGCAAGCUGCAGCGGAUCUCACAGAGGCAUCCACACACGGCGGCACUUCGCAUGCAACAUUGUCCGAAAUCGGAAUGGUACACGGGCAGACGCCAGCUCUUAGUCUGCGAGAGGUGUUGUGCUCUCGCGUUCACCAAGCACAUGACUCCAUCAUGGCAAUCUUGCAUCAAACUCUGCCGACGACGAACCAACCCAGCAUGGACCGGAAGCUGGGCAGGGCCCAAAAUGCCUGGGACACAUGUUUGGCUCUGCUUCGCUCUCUCAAGCACAUCCUGAUCGAUUCGGAAACUUAUGACCUGGAGACCGCCAACUCCAUAUUGAACCGCGCUGAUGUCAAGUGGCGUCAAGGCCUUCAUUUCCUGGAUAAGCGAGGACAAGUUACGAUACAACGGGACCCAUGGGACUGGGAUGGUUUUCAUACUCAACUCGAUCGUUGGUUAUCCUCUUUGUCUGCGCCAGGUGCUCCUCAGCUACGCCCCCCCGACAUUUGUCAACCGGCGGUUGAUGCGGUUGCGCGGAACUUGCACUGGGCACCUUCUGCCACGGAGACCGCAGACCGCAUUCUCCUAGUAGAAGCUUGGAUACAGGAAGCCCAAACACUGAGAGCCAAAACCGCCGCGCACCAGGCCCGUGAAGGACAUGAAAGGAGGGUCCACUUGCUACGCUCAGGUGAUCUCAGACGCUGGGCUCGCUGUUGGCGUACACCAGCAUACAAGCGCCAAGCCUACACUCCGCAACAAAUCACCACCGCCAGUGGUACUCGCCGUCCCAAGACCCCUGCGGAAAUGCGUAAGGCUGCUGCGCAGGAGUGGCAAAAACUCUUUGACCAUCCUUCUCGGCCGUGGUCGCAUGAGCUGGUGCAUACCUGGACGGACCCCUCAGGAUUCUUGCGGGGCAGCCCGAAAACACAUGACGUCCAGGUACCGCCAGAUGUGCUUCAGGCCCUUUUGUCCAAUGUUUGGUGGAGCAAGAGAUUCGAAUCCAGAUAUGGCGGUUUCGGAGAGUCGGGGGACUGUGGGAGGGCAAGCUUCUCGGUCCUUGCGAAGGCCAGGUACAAUGUGUGGUGCAUAUCAAUGGGCAGCCCGCACAUCUUUGGACCCUACGGCAGUGGCUCGCUCUUCCGCCACAAGAUACGCACUGCCUGCUUCUUCUGCGUCCCCAAGCUCUUCCUACCCCUUCUUGUCUGGGGCCGCUCACUGCACAUGAAAGAUCCCGGUGGUUGUCCAAGAUGUCGUCCUCCAGACCUGGACCUUCUGGAUGGAAGUUAUGCUAUCUGCAUUUCUACCCUGGGUGGGUCCAAGACAUCUUUUGGCUUUCUCUUGACACCCAACGGCGGCUGGCGGCCUCUGACGAUGCUUGAGGAGGCCUUCAAGGCCAUAGAAGGUCCGGUCACUCAUCGCUUGGUUUCGGCUCGUGCGUUCCUCACAGCUGGCUCCGUCUUCAGUGCCUGGAACCGUGCGUACGAACCCGGCCAGUCUGCGGCCUCAGAUGUCCUUUACCUGGAUGUCCAGGUGUGCGAAGACUCCCUGGCUCAUCAUCUCCCUCUGGCAAGGGUUCCCGCAGACUUUGAAAAAUUUUUCAAUACGGUCAAUUUGCACCAGGUCGACGCUGUGCAGCAAGCACGUGGGUUACCGGACCCCAUCCGCCAGCUAUAUCAGGCAGCCUUCCAGGGACUCACCAUUCAGGUGGACACCAAAUGGGGCCUGUCCGACCCGGUUCACUGCCAUCGCGGUAUUCCCCAGGGAGCAGCCUCAUCCCCGGAACUGUCCAAACCCGCCCAAGAUCCGCUGUUGCGCUUGCGCGAGAAUAGCACGGCCUGCUACGUCUCGUCAGCGGGUCGGCGGGAUCUUUCUAAAGGAAGCCAGUUGACGGGCAUUGGGUUUGCAUGGGACAAAUUCCAUGCCUUUGCCACGGAUUGGGACAUCGUGGCGGCAUCACCUCAGGGGCAAGCGGCCGGAUUCACUCCAGAAGGCAUACCGGUCUCAGGCUACGACAUUUGGGCAGGAGCGGAACUCGUCACCACUCUGCCCAGAGCCAGGGACACAGAUGAAGAGCUCCUUUUGGGAAAAAGGGGCACUUUUCUGGAUCGUCACUCGGCAGCGGCGGAAGACAUCCUGCUUAAACUGGACAAGCUCCUACAAGGAUUCUCAGCGCGGCGUUUCAGUUGGGAUGAGCUAAUAUUGGGAGCCCAAGUAUAUGCAGCAGGGUACCUCAACUACGCUCCUUUGGUGGGGAUACCCCAUCCGCAAGCUCUACACAGACACGAUUCUGCGGUUCAACAACAUCUCCUUCGUGCGCUUCAUGUACGUUCAUCGGCGGAGCGUGUGGGGCUCUUGGCAGCGCGGUCCGUUGGGGGCCUGCAGUUGUUCUCGGCGGUGGAGGGAUCAUUGGCAUCGGUGGCGGCAGAAGUUAUGCGAUUGCUGUCCUCUCUGUCCCCGGCUGGACAAUUAGCUAGGGACGCUUUAAAAGAGGCGAUGUCCAUGGCGCCGGAGGCGGCAGAGCAAUGCGACUACAUGAUUGUACGUGCACUGCGACAUCUAGCUGGCUACGGUAUCUUUGUCAACUCGAGUAUGGAUCGCACUGUUUGCAGAAUUCUUGACCAUCUAGCAGAUUUGCAGGGGCACCGACCUCCUGGCCUCAUCGGACCUUUCGAACAACGCAAGCAUACCAACAUGUUGCCCUAUUGCAGAGUGGGUCGCCUUGCUAACGCUGUCCGUUCCUGUCUGCUCCAUUUCCGCAACAAUGGGAUUGCGGACACUGAAUGGGGAGACCCUGCGCAUUGGUUUCACCUGCCGGCGAAUUGUCCGGCCUCACCGCAGCAAUGUGCUGCUGCUACUACUGCGAGCCUGGCACGUUCCUGUGCCGACUGGGCCCUUGAGUGUGAGCUCUUCGGGGUGCAUCAUUUGCCGAUUGCUGAAGACUGGUCUGCGGCAGCCUGGGAGCAUCCACAAGACCCCAGUAAUGACCUGCGAAGCCAACACCUGGAUAGCAAACAGCAGAUUCUACCCAACGUCGAUAUUGGCCUUUUUGCGGACGGCGGGGCCAACGGAGAAGCCACCGUGGCUGCAUGCCAGGCGAGAGCCUUCGCGGGUCCUCAUUACUGGAACACGGCAUCGGCAGCAGGCCCACAACUGGCAGUGCGACUCCCUGCUAGGUACGGUUGGGAGCACACCACGGUCCACACUGCUGAGCUAUUGGCCAUGCUUGCUGCUCUCCGUUGGCGUCGUCCUGGUGCUUGGAACCUCCUAGUACUGGAUAGAGCCUCACUGUUCCCCUUAUUGCAGCAAAAUGUCCACAAACAGAACAGAAUCCUUUCCUCCCCAUGCCUUCAUUUGGUAUCCCGGGUACACACGGUCACCGGGGAACUUUCAAGUGCCUGGCGGGAUCAUGCCCCUACGCCGCUCUGGAGAGCGCAUCAGCUCACUGCUCCCGAGACCUGGCACGUUCAGGGCAAUGUACAAGGCCGUUCGGCGUCGCUUUGCAGUAUCCCUUUUCUCGAUUUUGGCCUCGUUGGUGUUCAUGUUCGCAGUCAUCAAGCCAAUACCACUGCCCCGGCGCCCGUCAUCGUGGAGGGCAAUGAGAGACAAGACGAAGGUUGUCGUCACGCCUACCGUCUGCCGCAGCCGCCGGAUGUUUGGUGGCCCUCCAGUGGCUUAGCAUUCCAACUCUCAUACAAGGGGCGAGCGGUCACGGACACUUGCCGCAACUUCACUCGCAAACUCCUCCGCCAAGAGGCAAGGGACAAAUGGAAACUUCGCCCUGUACAGGGUAAGAUUGCUUCAGUUUCCGGUGCCUUUCUGCCAGGACUGGACUUGCGGUUGUAUGUUUCCUUUACAGUGCCCAACCACUGGGCACGUUGGCUCCUACCCAGCGAUCGCCGCACUGUGGAUCUUUCUGCUUUCGCCUACAGAUGCUUGCGCGCCAGCGGUGGCUGGACAGAAAGACUGCACUCCGAUACGAGGUUGCAGAAGCUAGCUCUUCGCUGGGCCGACUUUGCCAACACCUCUGCCAGAACGUGCCCGCUAUGCCUACAGCUCGCUGGAACACCUCGCCACGUGGUUAUGUCAUGCCCUGCCAUGCGCCCUAUGGUCCACCACUUCCUGGACGAUGUCGAAGCUGAGCUUGUUCGCUUCGGUAGUGCUGCACAGCACUCCCUUGAAGCCGCUAGACGCCUGCCUGCCUCCCCCAAGUCCCCCACCCCGGAAGACGCCACGCGCUGGCCCAUCCUCACUGCUUGGAGGUGGCUAGUGCCCAUGCGAACCGAAAUCGCGGAUUUUGCCGCGGAUGCAGCCGGGAGUAGUGCAGUACCCACUCGGAUGGAAUCUGGUACUGAUCUGGCCUAUCGUGGAGUCCUUCCAGCUGCAUUGGGACGCUUCAUCACACGUACAGCCACUGCAGCUUCCAAUGACGAGCCUGACGAUCCGGACCCCCUGGCUGAUGAGUCCUUUAGUUCCUCCCGAGACAUGCAUGGCGCUUCGGAGGAUGUAGCGCGCAGCCUCAGCAAGCUUACAUCCGUCGCUGGGGCGGGGGUUAGCGUCCUUCGCUUGCUAUUUCUCGGUCUUCGUAGCAUACGUGCUGAAUACCUCAAGCGCAUCGCUGCCUGGGCGGAUGCUACAGAGGCGGCAUUGGAUGCCAAUAUCCAGCCUGCUCCUCCUCUCCCCCUUCCGGCGGCCCCGGCCCCUGAUGCAUUCCUGGACUGGUUUGCCUCAUCUGCAGGAUUGGGGGUACUCAGAGAGCUGCGCUGGCUUGCCUCUCCAGUGGAAGUCGCCCUUGCCAGACUUCGUGGAGCCUGUCGUAUACCAGGGUAUCGGCCUUCUGAUGCUAGGCUUCGCAACAUGUUGCUUGCUGCUGGUGUUCCCUCCACUCAGCGGGACAAGCUUUCCUGGAUGGUCGAUGGUCUGCCUUGGGAAUUGGCACGGGUGCAGCUUUCACAGGUUUGUCAAUGCCCGCGCUUACUGCCUGCCCCUCUCAUCUCGUGCUGCAUCACCUGUCGUGGAGCCCAGAUGCAACCUGCAGUUGCAGCUCGCAUGUGCCCGUGGUGUCGCCAGGACUCGGCAGUACAUUGCCAAGCGUGUGGCUGUGCAUUACAUUUCCGUGGGGCAUGUGCUUGGAACAGGGGAGCCAACCGGCUUUUUCUCCCCACAGCGGAGGCCCCGGUGAUACUGUGCCCAGACUGUCACUGGGCCUGGAUGCGGGCGCGGGCGGCACUUCCUUGGCGACAAGCGGGGCCAGAGACGCCCUCUGCCUUAACCGCAUUGGUGGUUGACCUCCGCGGUCGCUGCUCCCCAGGAGCUGGUUUGCACAGCAGCAAGGUGGCAUCCACUUUUCGGCAACGCCUCCGGCGUCACCUCCGCAGGUGGCUCUCGCCAGAAUGGAAAUCCCUGGAAGAAGCGUUGCGCAGCUUCCGCGUCCUCUGUCAGCCCGUUGUGCUUGACGACGCGAGCCUGCGUGCGGAACUGACGGUGGCGGCGGAUGCCUUGGUUCGCUCCGACAGUGCGCUCAAACAGCAGGGAGCGGACAGACAGCUUCUCUUGCGCGGGGCAUGA